AUGACAAGCGCCACCGACUUCUACUAUUCUGAUAAAUACGAAGACGAAGAGUUUGAGUACAGGUAUGUGUAAUAUACGAUUACUAUUUUCUUCAUUUUUAGACAUGUACAUGUGCCGAAGGAAGUUGUACGUCUAGUUCCCAAGAACCGGUUGCUGAGCGAGUCCGAGUGGCGGAGUUUGGGUAUUCAACAAAGCCCGGGUUGGAUCCACUACAUGAUACACUCUCCCGAACGACACAUCCUCCUCUUCCGCCGUCCCAAGACCAACAUGGAAAAGAAGGAGACCAAGAACGUUGCCGGCAGCAAAGUUGGAGUCCACUAG